GCGGAGGUUAUUCCCUGGUAGAGUCUCGCCUGCACCCAACCCCUCAGUUUGCAAGCCUUGGAGGAAGACAAAGGCGGCUCACUGGGACCCCCUCCCCCAGUUGCGUGUUUCCUUCCUGUCAAGCCCCCUGGGAAGCUGCAGGGUGGAGAAGCACAGCCUGCACGCCGGCACGAAACAACCUAACUGAAGGCUAGGUCAGGCUGAGGGGAUUCGGCUGUAGAGCCGUGGAGGAGGGGAGGCGGAGGGGGCGCUGGGGCUCUCGCUUCCUCCAGCCCAGCCCUACCUCCCAGUCAGCCCGCGACAACCCGCGCCAGCCACCCGGCCUCACAGAAGCUGGACUUCGCGGACACCAUGCAGUGGAUUAGAGGCGGAACGGGAAUGCUGAUCACUGGAGAUUCCAUCGUUAGUGCUGAGGCAGUAUGGGAUCACGUCACCAUGGCCAACCGGGAGUUGGCAUUUAAAGCUGGCGACGUCAUCAAAGUCUUGGAUGCUUCCAACAAGGAUUGGUGGUGGGGCCAGAUCGACGAUGAGGAGGGAUGGUUUCCUGCCAGCUUUGUGAGGCUCUGGGUGAACCAGGAGGAUGGGGUGGAGGAAGGGCCCAGUGAUGUGCAGAAUGGGCACCUGGACCCCAACUCAGACUGCCUUUGUCUGGGCCGGCCACUUCAGAACCGGGACCAGAUGCGGGCCAAUGUCAUCAAUGAGAUCAUGAGCACCGAGCGUCAUUACAUCAAGCACCUCAAGGACAUUUGCGAGGGCUACCUGAAGCAGUGCCGGAAGAGAAGGGACAUGUUCAGUGAUGAGCAACUGAAGGUCAUCUUUGGGAACAUUGAAGACAUCUACAGGUUUCAGAUGGGCUUUGUGAGAGACCUGGAGAAGCAGUACAACAAUGAUGACCCCCACCUCAGCGAGAUAGGACCCUGCUUCCUAGAGCAUCAAGACGGAUUCUGGAUAUACUCUGAAUAUUGUAACAACCACCUGGAUGCCUGCAUGGAACUCUCCAAGCUGAUGAAGGACAGCCGCUAUCAACACUUUUUUGAGGCCUGCCGACUCUUGCAGCAGAUGAUUGACAUCGCUAUCGAUGGUUUUCUUUUGACUCCAGUACAGAAGAUCUGCAAAUAUCCCUUACAGUUAGCUGAGCUCCUGAAGUAUACUGCCCAAGACCACAGUGAUUAUAGAUAUGUUGCAGCUGCUUUGGCUGUCAUGAGAAAUGUGACUCAGCAGAUCAAUGAACGCAAGCGACGUCUGGAGAAUAUUGACAAGAUCGCGCAAUGGCAGGCCUCUGUCCUAGACUGGGAGGGAGAGGACAUCUUAGACAGGAGCUCGGAGCUGAUCUACACUGGAGAGAUGGCCUGGAUCUAUCAGCCCUAUGGCCGCAACCAGCAGAGAGUCUUCUUCCUAUUCGACCACCAAAUGGUCCUCUGCAAGAAGGACCUAAUCCGGAGAGACAUCCUAUACUACAAAGGGCGCAUUGACAUGGAUAAAUAUGAGGUAAUUGACAUUGAAGAUGGCAGAGAUGAUGACUUUAAUGUCAGCAUGAAAAAUGCUUUCAAGCUUCAUAACAAGGAAACAGAAGAAGUUCAUCUGUUCUUUGCCAAGAAACUGGAGGAGAAAAUACGUUGGCUCAGAGCUUUCAGAGAAGAGAGGAAAAUGGUACAGGAAGAUGAAAAAAUUGGCUUUGAGAUUUCUGAAAACCAGAAGAGGCAGGCUGCAAUGACUGUGAGAAAAGCCUCUAAACAGAAAGGUGUCAACUCUGCCCGCUCAGUUCCUCCUUCCUACCCACCACCACAGGACCCGUUAAACCAGGGCCAGUACCUGGUCCCCGAUGGCAUCGCUCAGUCUCAAGUCUUUGAGUUCACUGAACCGAAACGCAGCCAGUCACCAUUCUGGCAAAACUUCAGUAGGUUAACCCCCUUCAAAAAAUAAUACCUAUAGGAAGGCAGAUAAUUUUAAAAUAAAUAAAAUUAUAUUUAUAGAUGGACCUUUUUUUCGGAGAAGCACUGUUGAAAAUUUAUAUAUAUAUAUAUAUAUAUGUGUGUGUGUGCGUGUGUGUGUGUGUGUAUGUGUGUGUGUGUGCGUGUGUGUGUGUGUGUGGUGCACAUACACACACACACACAUAUAGACCUUUAAGUAUACACGUGUGUGUGUGUUGGCAUGUGUGCACAUAUGCAUGCACAUGCAUGCACACAUACAUACAUAUACACACACAGAGAAGGACCAAAACCAUUUUCUGUUGUUUUGGGACAUUGAAAUCUGUAGUUGGUAAGAAGUACCACUGACUUCCAAACAUGUGAUCACUUCUUAAAAUGUUUAGUUCUUAACCUUGCUCCCCUCCCCCUUUCUUUCAGAAACUGAAUUUCUCUUUGUUCUUUUUCCUGUUAAGAUAACCUAUUCACUCCUCUGGUUCACUGACCUGUCAUUACUACCAUAGAAUAUUUGCAUUGUUUUAUUUCCCUUUCCUGAUGAUACUGAUGCUGAUACCUUUUGCAUUUACUUUAUGUGGUGGGUUUGGAAUUUCAUUUCUCUCUCUGUCACUUUCCACUAAGAAGGGGAGGAUUCCCAUCUCCUGUCCCUCAUGCAACCAUAUGCAAAUGUUCCUGUAGCCCUGCGGUUAUACCAGCAGCCUUUCCCAGCAUCCUGUGUCCACAGUUGUACCAGUCUAGACAUGCUCUGUUGUGCCCUGUGACUUAUCUGCUUGGUAUUUCUAUUGCUUUCACUGUUUUAGGUAUUGUGGAAGGAUAUAAAACCAAACAGAAACAAAGGAAAAUAAGAAUGUAAUGAGGGUAGAGAAGGCUUCUGUUGGGGGGAUAUUUUUUACUUAGAUGAUUUCUUCUAGCAUUGAGGAUUCCCAUGUAACAGCACUGCUCUCAUUGAAGGUUUUUGUGUAAGGGUUGAUCUCUUUUUCAAGCCCCCUUUAUUAUGAGUCUCCUUUUCAGCCUGUCUCUUCCCUGGUGAAAGAUUUAACUAAACUGGAAGCAAAGAAAUUGAGACUCUGCCUCCUGGGGAAGAGAUUUAUCUCCACCCCCACAGCCCAUACCUAAUAGGUAGGUGUCAGGUAGGGCUCUCUUUAUAGCAGUCAUUUAAGUGUUCUGAUCAGCCCUGCUUCUGUUUUCAGAUUCUUAAGGCAUCACUGUUAGAAGCUUAUGGAGGGGUUCAAGACAAAACCUGAAAAGAGUCCAGGAUUGACAAGAAUACAGGGAAAGAUGGGAGCUAUCAGGGAAAGAGACAGGCUUGAUCCAAGAUAAUAUACCUGUAGUUACUACCACUGAACUUAUGAGAAACAUUCCCAAUUGUUAGCACAUUGCAUGGAUAAUCUUCUCUGUCUCCUUCCUUGCCCGUACUCUCUCUUCCUGGUAGAGGAUUGUGAGUAUUGGCAUAAUUACAGCCAUUCUGGCACUUGAAGUAGGCCUUCUUUCUGACAUACUCCCACCCCAGGACAACUGAGGUUAGUGAUAGAGAAGCCUAGAGCUACUUUUACCUCUGGGAAAAGAAGAUCUGAGGCAGAACACUGAAGUUAACGCUUGGCAGGUUUUCCAUUUGACCAGAACUUUCCCAACAAAAAUCAGAAUCCCCAUGAGUACAGAAGUACUUAUUUCUCCUUGUUAUAUAGCCCUUUGUGUGGAUAGACCCUAGGUAGUGAGGAUAAUGGCAUAUAAAGAAGUGGGAAAACCCACCCUAUCCAGAAUCUGAAGAUUGAGUCUGUCCUGGACCUCACAGGAAUAGACGUCAUCAUGAAGCUUACCAAGCAGCAGCCAUAGCUAUAUGAGGUCUUCAAUAAAGCUGAAUUGGAUACUUCUUUGUGCUUCCUGACCUAAACUAAGCCCUACCCAGCUCGAGAAUCUUUUCCCUAUAGAAAACAAAUUACAAGUUGUUGAAGCUUCUAUUUAAGUCAGACUUUUUAUAGUUAUCAAAGCUAGCUAGCAGAAGACCAGGGCUCGGGACUGGCUAUCACUGCUCAGCACAUGUCAGAGCUACUUAUGCCCUUAUGGCAAGAGAUCUGGUAUCUAGCACUUAGACUACAAUGUUCUCCUUGGCAAACUGAAAUAUGUUUCACUUCCUAUGCAGGCCUCCCUUAGUGUACCUUCUUUUCCUACUUUCUUUCCUACUUUCUACCCAGCCACACUUGGCCUUGGCAACUUUCUCCAGGGAUUAUGGGCACACCAUGAGGGUUGCUUUGGAAUGUUGCUAGAUCUUAAGUAUCUUUUGGCCAGACCCUGUCAUUCUCUUCCCCUUUCUAACUCUAACAUUCAAGGCUAUAGGAUCAGGGGUAUCACCUCUCAUCACCCUGUUUCUCCAUCCAAUCCACUGGCCUUACAAUAUGUAGUAAUUUGUGAAGGCACUACUAAUUCUGCUCUCCUUUGAUUGGAAUGCCCCACCCUACCCCAACACCUACGGCUCAAAGUAGAUCAGUGGCCAGUAGCCCAAAGGGAAACCCAUAAAUUACCUGGACUCAGUAUAUAAACCUGUUGUAUUCCCACAGCCAUGUUAUCCCUCCAAAUUCUAUAAUUCUCCUGUUUCUGCAUGGCCCUGUACUGCCCUUCCCUCAACACAAUAAGGCCUGAAUUUUCUUCCCAAAAGGGCUUUGCCAGUUUCUUCUAUGAGUUCUACUGUAGGGAGGUCCUAAUACAGAAAUACAAUUUUUCUCUCCUUCUCUCAUUCUCUUUCUAUGUGUAUAUCUUUAAUUGAUCUAUUAAGGAGAGCAACAAGAGAGUUCUAACAAUUCUAGUAUGAAGCCAAAUAGUGAUAUUUUAGUGCUUGGGGGUGGGGCGGGCUGGGUGACUAGAUGGGCAACAGUGAUUUUGACUACCCCUGCUGCUCUGCAUUUGCCAGUUUAUUCUUUUGUUUCUAUUAUCUGACUGUUUGACCCUGUCAAACAAGUGUCAAAAUUGUGUAUUUGGAAAUGUUUAAUAACAACAAAAAAGAUGUUGUAAUGACAUAAAGCCUUAUGAAAAUAUUUAUGGAGUUCAAUAAAAGAAGUAAAAAGAC